AUACGUAACACACAAUGUACUGGGGUGUCAUUACCCAAACACACCAAUCUAUUUUUUUGUACGGUUCACGUGAAAUGGAUGCCUUGCCCGUCACGGAGGUCUCACCUUAUGAAUGCAACACGGUCUAUUUCCCAUUUCGACCUUUGUCCUUCCCUCACCCUAAGGAACGUGUGUAGCUUUCGCAAGAAGAAGAAGAAGAAAAAACAACAACAGUAUCCAUGUGACCUACUUGCUUACCCCGGGUACACUUAUAAAGCCAGCAUUCAACGGGUUUGUCAGUAAAGCACAAGAAGAUGUUCCAAGCCAGUAAGUUUUCCUCUCUGUACGUGCUACUCUCGGUGUCGCUGUGCGUCUUCGGAUCCAGAGGCGGCGUAGCUCAACCGGUCACCCAGACAACGUCGGACACCGUCGUCACCGAGACAUUGACGUCGUCGUCGCCGCCGGUGGUGACGCUACACAUCCACGACCACCAUGGGUUUCGGGUUACGGGAACCAGCAGCGAGAGCGUGGCUCGAGAGGAAGGGAAAUACUUUGUGUCGCUUCUGUUUGCCAAGUAUGGAGAGGACAAGAAGACCGUUCGCAGACACGAACUCAUAAAGAUCUUUCAUAAUUUAGGACUCCGUGGAGACGUAGAGAGUUAUGGUGCUGGCGAUCUAGAAACAGAGUCUAGAAUCGGUGGUGAUGGAGUCCAUAAACAAGCUUUGAAAGAUUAUCAAGGAGGGGCCAACGACCAUGCAUCUGCAGACAAAGAUGCAAGUUCGUUUCAGAAAAAGAGGACAGGGAAUGCUCGCAAUGAAGGUAGCGUUAGUAGAUUCCAGCAUCUUGAAAAUCGGAAUUUGGAAAAACCUGAGAUCGGUAUAUCCAAAAACGAAUCUGAAUCUGAAUCUGACACCGGACGUCCGAAUCAAGAAUUGUCUUCCAAAAGUUCCAUUCAUAUGGGAAGUAAAAAUAUGUUGGCGCAAGAACACAGUUCUGGUCUGAGUAGAUCUCAGGAUGUAACACCAAAUAUUGAUCAGUCUGACACCGAGUAUCAAAAUCAAAACUCGACUCCAAAGCCAACAGGUGGAAGAAGACGAAAAGGUAAUAGCGGCCGUCGUAUGAAAACAGGACGAAAACAAAAGGGUAAGAAGAAGCAUGACGCUAAAGUCCCGAAGAAACGUGUUCAGAGAGAUGUUUCUACAGAAGGAACCCACCAUUACCACAACAAUCAUAUUCAGUGCUUGACAGCAAAAGAAAUACUACAAGUUUUUGAUCUGGAUCACAAAGAUGAGAUAACUCUAAGUGACUUUCUGUACAUGUCCCCUGCCAUUAUCUACCAGCUGGAUUUCCAGAACUGUUCACACUCCACCCGUGGUGCACCACGGACCCCGCAAGACAUCAACGGUUCCGCAACUACUGCUAAGAGUAUCGGCAGUAUUCCACCAAAGGUAUGGGGUUACAGCUUCAUUGCCGUUUUGGUCAUCAGUCUGGUUGGGUUGCUAGGCGUGGCUAUCAUCCCGGUGAUGCAAAAAGUCUUCUACAACCAUCUUCUGCAGUUUCUCGUGGCGCUGGCGGUCGGAGCACUCACUGGCGACGCUCUUUUGCAUCUGCUACCUCAUGCCCUGGCAAGUGACAAAUCUCACCACAACCUCACAAACAUCUGGAAAGGGUUGUGUGCCCUGUUGGGAGUCUUCUUCUUCUUCCUCAUGGAGCGCGUUCUCCAUAUCGUCACAGACAUGAAACGCAGGAAAAAAUCAAAGUAUGGACUCAAAGUUGAUCAUCUGCCAGUGGAAGAAGUGAUCAUGAUUGGAGAUCCAGACAAACCCUUUAAGAGUUCUGAGGACGAACACCACCAGAGUGUUUCCAACGGAACGGAAAGAAAUAAAAUGAUGCCUCAAAGUCAAGAUCAUGGUCACGGUCACCAUGGACACAGCCAUGGUGAUGGCGAGAUUCCCGAUUCAAUCGCUGCUAUUGCGUGGAUGGUCAUUCUGGGUGACGGGAUUCACAACUUCAGCGACGGCCUCGCAAUCGGAGCAGCGUUUGCCAACAGCAUCACCGGUGGCUUCAGUACAUCCAUUGCCGUCUUCUGUCACGAGCUGCCGCAUGAAAUUGGAGAUUUUGCGAUGUUGUUGCGCACCGGCAUGUCAGUGAAACAAGCCAUCGUCUACAACGUCGUGUCUUCUGUACUUUGUUUCAUCGGCAUGGCGAUUGGUGUUGCCCUUGGAAACAUUAGUGAUGCCUCGGUUUGGAUUUUUGCUUGUGUGGCUGGAUUAUUCAUCUACAUAGCUCUAGUAGACAUGCUCCCGGAGAUGACGCACGUUCCGUCGGCAGGCAACCCGUUCUGUCCUCUGUUUCUGCAGUUUUGUGGGAUGAUCACGGGCUCCGGAAUCAUGCUGGUGAUAGCCGUCUUCGAGGGGGACCUUGUCAACGCUCUCAACUAACUAGACCUUGAUCAUCAAAUAGCAAAUAGCUGUGAUUACACAAACCGCUGCCGGGUGAUGUCUCAAACCACAGGACCAUUCGAUUAAAGGGACAUUCCUGAGUUUGCUGCAUUGUAAGAUGUUUCCGACUAAUAAAAUAUUUCUAUGAUUAAACUUACAUAUUAAAUAUAUUUUCUUG